AUGUCGUUCCUCUUUGGAAAAGCAGACUCUUCUGCUGUGUCCAAAUCAGAGUCCAAAAUGGCGACACCAAAGAUAGAAAUCCGCACCCCUGAAGAGGCAGUGGCACGUAUCGCAUACCUUGCUAGCGACGUUAUUGUCUCUGUCCAGCCCUCUUUAGGCCAGGACUCGGCAUACUCUUCCCACCUUAAGAGAUAUGCCGGAAGAAAAGAUGUAGGCCUGGUCGCCAAGACCGAGGAUUCAGUCCCAGAGAUCGUAUCCGUGCGACACAACAACGACCCUCUUCUCUCUGUCUUUGCCCCGAUUCGCUCAGGCCGCCUUACCUCCGUUACAACCACCUCGACCAUUCUUCUCCCAUCUAUUGCUCAUUUGUACAAAUUAGCAAACUACCCGGUGGUCCUCCAUGUUUCCUUAUCUCCAGCCGAUUUCCCUGACUACUCUGUCAUUACCGCCAUCAGAAACUCAGGAUGGACGUUCUUACAAUCCGAAUCCCUUCAGGAGGCACAGGAUAUGGCCAUAACAGCCCAUGCUCUGGCCUUACGGUCUGGCAAGGGCGUUAUCCACUUCUUUUCCCCGAGUUCCUGUCUACAUGACAAGCCAAUCGCUGUGGAGGACGUAGAUUCAUUCCGCGAACUGCUAAAUUUGGAUGACGCUCGCCGAUACCAGGCUGGCUCAGCUUCAGAGACAAACAUCUAUGCUGACGAUGGAAGGGUUGUCGUUGCCUCGCACCAACCAGAAGGCCGCCCUAGUGCUGCAGUCAAUGCUCUGGCAGACUCGACAAUACUUAGCGCAACCUCAAAGGCGGCUUCUUCCGUAGGUUCGGAAAAAUCUGAUCAGCAAAGUAACUACAGUGCUCCCCCGAGUGUAUCAUCGGCUACUACGAUCGAAGCUGCUCCGCCUCUAGUCACAUCUGAGGAUAUCUACAACUACGUCACCGCGAUUUGGGUUCAGCUCAAGGCUGCGACUGGUCGUAGCUAUAACCCCUUCGAAUGGUCUGGUCCAGCAACCGCGGAUAAGGCUAUCUUUGUUUUUGGUUCCGACGCAGGCCUAUUUGCUGAGGCACUCGACGAGGCUAAGCCCGAUGAUAUUUACGCCAAGGCUGGUUUGAUUACGGCUAGACUAUACCGACCAUGGUUGGGCGCUCACCUCAUCGACGCUAUCCCAAGAUCCGUGAAGCGUAUCGCUGUCCUAGAACAAAUUGCUCGCAAGACGACGAAAUGGGGGCCUCUAUUGAUCGACGUGUUAACAUCAGUAAGAAGCGGUCCCGGAGGUGUCGAGGCUAUUGUUGGCCACCAGCUAGGGUACAUUUCGCCCGAUACUAUUCACCAAGCCCUACGAGGUAUCUUCCAGAACCUAGCAUCCGAAAAGCCCCUACAGAACCUAGAAGUAGGCAAAACAAGCGGACCACAGGGUGUUCAAAGCCACAACCUAGAGCAGCCCAAAUUGGAGACAGCCUACACUAAGAUCCUCGACCAGCUCUUCGGCAACAGAGUCUAUACAGCAAACGCUCUUAAAUCGAACCACGCUGGUGUCUCAUCCACAGUGGCAGCUAGUCCGGAAUUCGGGUUUGGAUCCCUUCUUGCCCGAAAGGAACAUCGCCAGAGAUUUGUAAAGCAGGUAAAGCAAGCUGCCAGCACUGGAUCCUUUGUCACCGAGUCGCCAGUCAAUUGGCUAGCGAAGUGGGCAGCAAAUGCCGAAGACGCCAAAUCGGCUGGAGAGCUCGCCGAUGAUGUAAUUGCACGACUUGAGACCGAUGGAUCCUCCAUUGCGCGGGAGCUCCUAUCAAGCAAAGGUCUAUUCCGAAAGGAGUCGCUAUGGCUUGUUGGGUCCGAUGCUUGGGCAUAUGACCUUGGUAAUUCCGGUGUCCAUCACGUAUUAGCCUCCGGCGAGAAUGUGAACAUGCUUAUCAUCGACUCGACCCCCUAUUCCGAGCGAACUGCAGCAGAUGCUGAGAGACGUAAGAAAGACAUCGGACUUUACGCUAUGAAUUUCGGUAACGCCUAUGUCGCAUCUACCGCAGUGUACAGUUCAUACACUCAGGUUCUCCAGGCUAUGCUUGAAGCCGACCAAUUCAACGGCCCGUCAAUCGUGCUUGCAUAUUUGCCGUACUUCGGAGAGCACGACUCGCCGCUCACUGUAUUGCAAGAGACGAAGAAAGCCGUGGACCUUGGCUACUGGCCAUUAUACAGGUGGAACCCGACAAAUGAGAAUAAGGGCGACCCUAACUUCUCCUUGGACUCGGAGCGCAUAAAGAAUGAGCUCAAGGAGUUCUUAGACAGGGAUAACAAGCUAACCCAGUUAAUGCGACGUGAGCCUGUGUUUGCUGCAAACUUGUCUCAAGAUUUCGGCACUGAAGUUCGGGCGCAGCAGAAGCGACAGGCCCGGGAUGCUUACAACCAAUUACUAGAGGGUCUCUUUGGCGCGCCGUUAACGAUUUUGUUUGCCUCUGAUAACGGAAAUGCGCAGAACCUGGCGAAACGACUAGGAACACGAGGCCGUGCUAGAGGUCUCAAGACACUGGUUAUGGCGAUGGAAGAUUAUCCUGUUGAGGACUUGCCUCAGGAGGAGAACAUUGUGCUCAUCACUUCGACAGCAGGCCAGGGAGAAUUCCCUCAGAACGGCAAGCCAUUCUGGGACGCAGUUAAAGACAGUACUGAUCUUGACCUCGCCUCCGUCAACUACUCGAUUUUCGGACUUGGAGACAAGCACUACUGGCCACGAAAGGAGGAUAAAAUCUAUUACAAUAAGCCCGCCAAGGACCUCGACCGAUUGUUUGCAAACUUUGGCGGAAAGAGACUAGCUGAAGUCGGGUUAGGUGAUGACCAGGAUCCCGAUGGAUACCAGACAGGAUACUCACUCUGGGAGCCUCAAAUCUGGCAGUCUCUUGGCGUCGCGAACGUUGAGGGAUUACCAGAUGAACCAGCACCGAUCACCAAUGAAGACAUGAAGCUGGCUUCCAAUUACUUACGAGGUACUAUCGUAGAGGGUCUCAACGACCUAAGCACGGGCGCGAUCUCUGCUUCUGAUCAGCAGCUCACAAAGUUCCAUGGAACGUACAUGCAAGACGACCGUGAUAUCCGUGAUGAGCGCAAAGCCCAGGGUUUGGAGCCUGCUUAUUCAUUCAUGAUACGUUGCAGACUGCCUGGUGGCGUUUCCACGCCGAAGCAAUGGGUGCAAAUGGACGACAUCAGCAACAGCCUUGGUAACGAGACCAUGAAGCUCACCACCAGACAGACCUUCCAAUUUCACGGUGUGGUAAAAGGAAAGCUCAAGCCAGCGAUGCAAGCUAUCAACAGGGCUUUAAUGACCACGAUUGCAGCAUGUGGUGAUGUGAACCGAAACGUCAUGUGCAGUUCUCUUCCCACCCAGUCAAAGUACCACAAGCAAGUAUGGGCUUCUUCUCAAAAGAUCAGCGACCACCUCCUACCGUCCACAACCGCGUACCACGAGAUUUGGCUCACCGACGAUAAUAACGAGAAGACUCAGGUUGCUGGCAAUGCUGUGCAAGAUUUUGAGCCUCUUUACGGACCUACAUACCUCCCCCGAAAGUUCAAGAUCACUAUCGCCAUCCCACCCCACAACGAUACGGACGUUUAUGCUCACGAUGUCGGUCUUAUCGCUAUCAAGGGUGAUGACGACCAAUUGGUGGGCUUCAACCUUUUGGCUGGAGGAGGUAUGGGCGCGACCCACAACAACAAGAAGACGUAUCCACAGACUGGUCGGAUGAUGGGCUUCGUUACUGUUGAUCAAGUUCAUAUCGCUUGUGAGAAGAUCAUGUUAGUGCAGCGAGAUCACGGUGAUCGUAAGAACCGAAAGCACGCCCGACUAAAGUACACCAUUGAUGACAUGGGCCUUGACGUCUUCCGUUCCAAGGUAGAGGCUCUGUGGGGUAAGUCGUUUGAGCCUGAGCGCCCAUUCUUUUUCAAGAGCAAUAUCGAUACGUUCGGCUGGCAAAAGGAUGAGACUGGCCUGAACCACUUCACAUUCUUCAUCGAGAACGGCCGCAUCGAGAACACAGCCGAAUUCCAAAUGAAGACGGGUCUGCGUGAGAUUGCCAAGGUUCACAAGGGCGAGUUCCGAUUAACGGGCAACCAGCACUUGAUCUUAAGCAAUGUCGCGGACGAGGAUGUCCCGCAAUUGAAGGAGCUCAUGAAGAAGUAUAAGCUUGACAAUGUCCAAUUCUCUGGUCUGCGUCUCAGCUCUUCAGCCUGCGUGGCCUUCCCUACUUGCGGUUUAGCUAUGGCCGAGAGUGAGCGCUACCUGCCCCAACUCAUCUCUAAACUUGAGGGCUGCCUCGAAGAGAAUGGAUUAGGCAAGGAGUCGAUUGUCAUGAGAAUGACGGGGUGUCCCAACGGUUGCGCCCGACCUUGGUUAGCCGAGGUCGCCUUCGUUGGUAAGGCUUACGGUGCCUACAACAUGUAUCUGGGCGGUGGAUACCACGGACACCGUUUGAACAAGCUGUACAGGUCUAGCAUCAAGGAAGAUGAGAUCUUGGCCAUCAUGAAGCCGCUACUCAAGCGAUAUGCCUUAGAGCGCGAGGAGGAUGAGCACUUUGGCGACUUCUGUAUCCGAGCAGGCAUUAUUGUCGCCACUAAGGGAGGACAAGAUUUCCACGACAACGUCGCCGAGGAAGAUGAAGAUGACGAAUGA